AUGCCUCCAUUUGUAGAUGAUACCCAGCGCUUUCCUUUGGUUCAGGCACAGUUACGGCCCAAGGAUUCGAAUUCUAACCGCAAUUGCCCUGCAGGAGUUGAUGAGUCUGCAAUUCCAGGCCAGAAUAAUAGCGAUAAACCUACCGAGUCACUAUAUCCGUUGAGUCUUGACAUUCAGGUCCGCCGCCUCCUGGAACACAACAGUCCAGCUGAUGCUGCCAGCGAGGGUGUGGCAUACGAUACUCCCGUUGUCACCAAUGACUCCCCAAACUUAAUUCUUGGUAGUAGCGACACUUUUGAUGGGAAUUCACACUUCAAGCAGCCUGGACAUAAUGUUUCCACACCCUCAAGGACAGAAGAUUCAUCCAAUUUUGACUCGUCGAGGGGAUACGAAAGCUCAUCGAGCUUGAACCCAUCAUACCCGACUGUAGUUUGCUCUGAUUGCGGCUUAGACAUUGAUGACGGAGACAAGGACUCAGCUUCCACUUCCGAGUUACCAGAUUGCUGGAGCUCCGACAUUGAGUCAAAUUCUUCUGGAAAGAGAAGUAAAUUACCUGUAGUCGUUCCCUGGAACACACCAUCAGUGAGAAAAUCCGAGAUUCCUCACACGACCCUCAAACCUUCAAAGAGCGAUGUCAGUGACUCGGGCGACGCAUAUUUCUAUGCAACCCAGAAUGCCACGGGCGUGAGAGCUUCUAAAGUGUGGCCUGUCUUGGAUGAUAUUGAUGAAAAGCGUGAGAAGCUGGCUCUGCAGGACACAUUUUUUGAAGCGCUUGUCAGACCUCAUGAGGAAAAAAAAGGCUUCUUUCCAAGGGCAUAUUUAUCCAAGCUCGUCACCGAAGACUGCGUGUAUGAAGAGCUGACCAGGUGUCUUGAGGACAACCACAACCCAAAACAGAUCAGAGCAUACGCCCGCACCAUCUGUGAAGAGAGUCCUCAGCUACGAGACGAGGAUGACAUUCGUCCACCGAAGAUAAAAUCGUUCAAAAAGAUCUUUGCAAUCCUGGUCUUGAUUGAAAAAACAUCAAGCAUUCUGAAAUUUCUAGAUCCAGAAGAGGGCAUCAAUGAUCUAGGCCUUCCUUUAAGAAAACUUCCCAAGGGGGCGAAUGGUUCGAGGUUCGAGCUCCGGCUAGCAAAAAAUCCAUCUAGGAAGUUGGAGUGUUUUAGGAACUGGACCAUGUCCAGCGUGAAAGCAUUUGAAGAGUGGCAAUGGACAACUGUGUCUCCCUUCUUCUUCAAAGGAUCAUGCAAAGACGUCCGUCAUUGGCCUUUACAACCAUCUGCUAUGCUACCAUUCACAGUGGACGGUCAACGUGGUGACGGAAAUGAAUACCGAACUGAAUUCGAAGGUGGUUACAGUCAUGUCUUCAAGGUUGAAAUUCAUCCAGAACAUCACAGUUUCAGCUUGCCUAGGAAUCAGUGGUUUGCGAUAAAGCGUUUAAAUUCGAACAGCAAAGAAGAUUUUAAAAAAGAAGUGGAAAUGCUCAAAAUGUAUAGCGAUGACACUCGAUAUCCUCACCUGAUAUCAUUACUCGCCACAUACGAGCAGUUUGGUAUAUAUUAUCUUAUAUUUCCAUGGGCGGAUGGCGACCUCAAUUAUUUUUGGUCAACUCUGCGACCUGAACCCUCGUUGAAUAUGAAAACUGUCAAGUGGUUUGCAAAACAGUGCAAGGGAAUUGCCCACGGUCUACUCAAAAUCCAUCACUACCGGACGAGCAAUUCGAAAUGUCAGACUGGGUCUCAUCAUCACCCUGAAACUCAUGAAUCUCGAUUCGGACGUCAUGGCGACCUGAAACCAGAAAAUAUUCUCUGGUUUUCUGAUUCUGAUGGGGGUACGCUGAAGAUAUCCGAUUUUGGCCUUUCGGAAUACAGCACACAUCACAGCAAGUCUUAUAAGCCAAAAAGCAAAGUUGCAACUUCAAUGUCUUAUAGACCUCCGGAGUGCGAUCUCACGGGUGGCAAAAUCGGUCAAUCAUACGACAUCUGGACGCUUGGCUGUUUGUACUUAGAGUUUAUCACAUGGCUAUUGGGAGGCUGGGAGUUGGUGAAGAAGUUUGAGAAAAAACGAAUGUCAUUCGAUCCUAUGUGGUGUGACAUGAAUACAGAUACUUUCUUCGAGAUAGUUAAGGUUCACGGCGAGCGUUCAAUAGCAUUGGCAGCUAGGGUAAAACCCGCUGUAAUAAAUUUUAUGGAUGAUCUUCACGCGCACGAAAACUGUACCGAAUUUCUACACGAGUUCAUCACUAUGAUAAAGUUCAACAUGCUUACGGUCAAGCCUAAGAACCCUGAAGAGAAAGGGCGGUUCACAAGUGAUGAGAUACAUGUCAAGUUGACAUCUUGGCUGAAAGAAAUUGAGAAACCAAACGCCGGGUUGGAUUACGCUUGCAAACCAGCACCUCGCCACAACUUUUCUCAAAACUGCGAUGACGUGGUUGAAAUUGACGUUACAGACACGGCACCAGAAGUGCUUAGUAACAAGAGAUUUCCCACCUACGAUGGGCCAGUCCAAGAGAGAUCAUAUCCAAGUCACCUUUCUGUGCCAGAGAGUCCAAGGAGGCGAGGGAGAAAUAGAAGCUUUCACGACUGCUAA